CGAUAAUUGACAUAUACGUGAUUCCCUUAUUAAUUGGAUUUUCGGGAUAGCUGUGUGUAGUAAGUCGGGUAGACGAUUUGCAUAGAAAUCGUUUUGGAAGAUAACCAGUAUGGAUUAAUCGUUGGUUGUAACUGUAAUGUUAAUUCGCCUUUGAUCUGAGUGUUGUGAAUAAAAAAAGAAAUACAAUUAUUGUGCGUCUGUCAGGUGAAUUAAAGUGACUUUUUGAUACGAAAUUUCGGCGCGAAAACCACAACGAUCAAGGAAACGACCUUCAUGCAGAUUUAGCUGAUGUUGAUACGCGAUUGGACAAACAUAUUUUGUCGUGAUUGAAUGAAAAUCUGGCGGUUGAGAGUAAACUGCUUUGAUAAAUUCACGAAAAUGGAAUGGUUAGAAAUAUAAACCAAGAUAUAGAUGUAAGGUAAUAUGAUGCAGUUGAUUUUAGACGUGAUGAUAUAUGUGUUUACAAAACUGACGGAGAAUGAUGAACUUAUGUAGUUACAAUGAAAGAAAAAUUGAAAACUGAAAUUGAUAAAGAUUAAAAAUAUAAAUUAAGUGUAAAUAUGAUAGAAUUGAAUGAUAGUGAACGUGACAAUGUAAAUAAUAAGUGAGGAAAUAAAGAAGUAAUCGAAAUGACGCCGGUGGAGAAGAAGAUUGUAAGCUUUGUCGCUUUGCUGUUGAUUGGUACAGCAAACACGCUAAGAUCCGUCCAAAUACACGUGCCAAAGGCAGUAUUAACCGGUCAAGAUGCGGAGCUGAUGUGCACCUACGAGCUAGAAGGGGCGCAGCUCUACUCAAUUCGGUGGUAUAAAAACAUGGUGGAAUUCUACCGAUACGUACCCAAAGAGUCCCCAGCUACCAAGGUCUUCCCCGUAGCAGAGAUUAAAGUCGACGUUGCAACAUCAGACCAGAACAGAGUGGUCCUUCAAGAGGUGGACAGGACGCUGACUGGCGAAUACCAGUGCGAAGUCUCCGCUGAUGCCCCCCUCUUUCAUACAGAGAUCAAGUCUUCUGAAAUGGUGGUUGUUGAACCGCCACUAAUAAGCCCCAACGUGACGUCAGAUAAGAUGACGUAUACGGGGGGUGAUCACAUACACGUCAACUGCUCAUCCCCACCAUCUCUACCCGCUGCUAACAUCACGUGGUUCGUCAAUGAACAAAUGGUGCCAGGGUUCACAGCCAGUCAUACCUUGAACUUCAGCAACGGCUACGCUUCAAGCCUCGCGACGUUGGAGCUGGAGGCUGCUGUCAUGUCUCCAGUGCCGACGCUCAUGAUACGAUGUGAAGCAGCAAUAUUUGACGUGUGGAAAUCAACGAGCCACACGCUUGUGCUGCGCGAGCGCAGCGCCAACCCGGCGUCGGCUUUAGGUAGAAGUUUUACAGGAUCAUCUGCCGAGACAUGUUUGCCGACGAUAAUGGUGCUUCUUCUCCAAAUAUUCUUACAAAUUGUUCUCAGUUACGCAGAGACUCUAAGAUAGCUGUUUUAGUCAUCAGUUAAGAUAUUAUAAGUAGUUUGUUCCCAGGGUUUAAAUUUCUUUGAAAGUUAUAACGGUGUAUAGUUAAGCUAAAGAAAUAUAUAGGUAAUAAUCGUGUUUCAGUUAUUAACAACAGAUGCUACCUUUUGUUAAUAUUUAUAAUUUGUUAUUUAAUACAAAAUAAGGUAAUUAAAAAAUAAUAAUUUAAAUAAAUAAAGCAAAAAAAUAUCUCAAUAAUACUAUUGUUUUUCACAGUUUAUGAUUACGACCAAAGUUUAAUAGUAAAAACACAACAACAACUAAACAUUAUUAAAAAAAAAAAUAGUGCCCAAUUGCGAAAAAAGUGCUUCCCUCGCAUAAGCACGGUAAAAUCUUCCAUCGGCACAUCUUGUUUUUACCAGGACAUCAUCACAUCCUCCUGAAGUUAGUCUCGGUUGUAUCCACACUUUUCGGUAGAGUAUCCCGUCGUGCGCUUUUAAGACUCCUAGAUUCGGUAAGUCAGCUUUUACACGAAGCGAUUCCCACCUGGCCUCCGACACUGUUGCAGGGGAACGUAACUCAAAUUGGUUCAGUUACCUGAUGUGCAAAUUUCCUCACGAUAUUUUUCCUCACCGUAAAAGCAUCAGUUAGCACUCCAACUUAAGUACAUAACUCAGAUUUGAGUCAUUAGUAAAUGUAAAUUUGUUUUCCCAGAAGUACCUAUGUUCAUUUAAAUCUGUGUAGAUUACUGUUAUUUUAAAAUGCUAGUAUUAUUUUGGACAUGUUAAAUAAUCUGAGUAUUAAACAUGAUAAAUGUUCAUGACAUACAUUUUGAAUCAUAACACCCUCAUAAAGUAAAUGGUUGUUAAUCAGACUUUGUUUAUUUGUUUAAUUGUUUACACAUUACUAAUAAAUUAUUUACGAAUAUUUGUUGAUACACUCAAAUCUUAUUAAUAUUAUUAGAUAAAUAUUGUUAUUAUAGACUGAUUAUAUUUGAU